UCUCUGCUCUUUUCGCCUUCUGUUCUGUUCUGUUCUGUUCUAUUUGCUGCGUUCACUUUUGUUCUUCCUGAUUUCUUCUUCUUCGUCACUCUCACAGAUCUCGCGCCCUCCAAUCUCCAUUUCAAUCAAUCAUCUACGGAUGCAAUGCAGUCAGCUAGUGCUGCUGCUCCUCUCCCUACUGCUCAGGUAGUAGGUAAUGCUUUUGUGGAUCAGUAUUACCAUAUCCUUCACCGAUCUCCAGAGCUUGUCUACAAAUUCUAUCAAGAUUCAAGUGUACUGAGUCGCCCAGAUUCGAAUGGCAUGAUGACUUCUGUGUCCACCAUGCAAGCCAUUAAUGACAAGAUUCAGUCAUUUGAUUACAAGAACUACAGCGCUGAGAUUAAAACUGCAGAUGCCCAGGACUCUUACCAGGGAGGUGUAAUAGUUUUGGUGACAGGAUGCUUAACUGGAACUGACAAUGUGAGAAGGAAAUUCACGCAGACGUUCUUUUUAGCCCCACAAGAGAAAGGCUAUUUUGUCUUGAAUGAUGUUUUCAGAUACAUUGAGGAGUUUGAAGCAUCCGAGGUUAAUUCUGCACUGCCAAAUGGUGCGGCUGACCUUCCUUCAACAGUAACCUUGGCUUCAGAUCCAGAGCCUCAUCCUGCUUCUGAUCAUUCUGCUUUCGAUUCUACCACUGCUCUAGAAGCUGAGGACACCCAAAAUGGAGCAGAAGUCUAUGACCCUUCUGACAGUGAAACUGGUUCUGUUGUUGAAGAGGUGGUUAAUGAACCUCAAUCUAAGUCUACCCAAUUGAGACAGUUAUGGUCAUUAGUUCAGAUCUUUCUGCCACCCCAGAGGAGAAGAAAUCUUAUGCCUCAAUUGUGCGUCAAAGUUCCCAAGGCAACCCCACGUUCUACUCCAGUAUACGUUCCUACAAGUAGUGCACGAUCACUACCUGCAAAUGUGAAUCAACAGGCGCAUUCUCCAGAACAAACUUCCCCUGAGCCACAUGCCUCAGCUCCUGCUGUUGAAAGUGGUCCUGAAAGUAGCAAUGUUCACGAAGAAGGUUAUUCCAUAUACGUGCGGAACUUGGCUUUAAAUGCAACUCCUCAGCACCUUGAGGAGGAGUUCAAAAAAUUUGGGGCAAUCAAGUGUGAUGGGAUUCAAGUCAGAAGUAAUAAGCAGGGAUCUUGUUUUGGGUUCGUGGAAUUUGAAUCUUUGGAGUCCAUGCAAAAUGCAAUCAAAGUAAGAUUUCUUUGGUGUAAUUUCUUCAUUACAAGUAACUCAGUUUUUCCAUUCAGUACUGCAUACCAGCAACUUGUCCUGAUUGACUUUCAUCCUUUUGAGCUUAUGAUUUUUUCAUUGUCAAAUGUUUGUGGGCAGUGUUGGUGUCUGCUUCUAGCCAAUUUCUUAAUACUUUAUGUGGGUAUUCUCAUUGGACAAAUAAAACUCCUACACCAUUUUAUAUUCGUUAAUCUUCUUGAUAAAUCGUCAUAAAUGCUUAAUGAUUUAGCCAAUGUAUUGUUCGUUUGCAGUAUCAGUGUAUAUACACGGACACAUACAUAUAUACAUAUAUACAUGUACAUAAAUAUACAUAUACACAUUUACAUAUAUACAUAUAUGUAUGUAUGUACAUGCGUGUGUAAUAUAUGUAUACAUUGGUCCAGCUUACCUUGUACCUUUUAUUUUCAGGAUUAGACGCAUCCAUUUUCAUAAUAUGUGGGAACAAUUUCCUUACUAAAAUGAAGCAAUGAUGUUUUAUGCUUUUUGCAAUUGCACCCUCAACUGUAUUUUGGCUUUCAAACCCAACACUACAUUACUGUUCCAAAUGGGCUCAGUCUGUGCUGUAUGAAAAUUGAAAAAUGAUAUAAGCAAUCAACAAUGAGUGCAAGGACAUUACUCAAUAUGGAUAAGAGUAAGUUGGGGCUCAAGUGAGUAUUUGGAGAACUUUUGUCAAUAUCUGCUGGUUUAUGUUUAGUUCUGUUAAACUGAAAACUCAGCACAGUAAUAGACACAUAUUGCAGUUUUAGGUGCCAAUUGAAAAAAUGCAAUAGAGUUUGAGGGUAUAAUAUAAUAAACUCCUUUAAUUUAAUAAUUUGUUGCUGAAGACCACCUACAUCAAUUGUUGUACUUCUACUGACCAUGAAUUGUAAUGCUUGAUGGGUGCAAUAUUAUAAAAAAUUACCAUACUUUGCAGGUUGAUAGAUAGGUUGGAAAUGCUGAGUCUGUAGCUUUUGUUGCUUAUAUGUGGCUUGACCAAUUUCCUCUAUUCUCUUCAUUAUGAUGAUGUGUUUGUUUAUCUUGCAUUCUUGCUUAUUGUUAACUAUGAUGAGCAGCAUUAUAAUUUGUGGUGCAUGUCCAUUUUCCCCUGCGUUCGAACCCAUUUUUCACUUUUCUGCUUUAUGCUAUAUGUGAUCGUUAAUCUUCAUAUCCACGGUUGCCAUGCGGAUCACACUGUGAUCACAAAAUUACUGUCCGAGGACCAUUACAAGCAAAUCUUAGGUAGUAGAGUAACGAGGGGCAUACUGCAGGGCUGAUUGUGAGUAUUCUGCUUUUAAAAUUCAUCCAACUUAAUAUGCUAGUGGCAAUAGCAUAGAAAUUAAAAUGAUUACAUGUCCCUUUACAGUGCCUUCCU